CGGGCCGGAAGAAGCGAGAGGGGGGCGACUCUCGCAUAUCAUCAUUACUUGCAAAUCUUCUUUACCUACCAACCACCAAAGUUGUACACUUGCAGACGGGCUGCUACACAUACAUGAAGGAAACUUGAGAGUGAACGUUAUUUUCAGCCCUUCUGUUCUCGACGUUCGGUGGACGACCAACCACCUGUAAACAUUUCAUGGCAUUCAUUCAAGGUUUUCAGUGUCAUGUAACAAAGAUGAGAUGAAAGGCCCAAAGUUUUUCCUUGUCAUGUCGUUUCUCUGGAAGCACUUCUUGCUUAUGGCUGACUUUUGGUGUUGGAUGGCAUCGGCAAUCGGGACCAAAACAUAUGCAAAUUCAAUGAGGACGUUGAAGCUGUACCAUAAUAUGAUUCUCUGUUAUUUCUCUCUCCUCGUUGGGAUGGCUGGUUGUCUCUCACCUUUUCUUCUCUGUAUAUCUACAAAUACGAUACCUUCUACACUUCACAACACCCAAUCCUUUGCUAUUCUUUUUUUGCCAACCCUUCAAGUCUUGACGAAAAACCUUUUAGUGUUUCCACAUACACCUGAACUGUUGGAGGCUUACAUAGGCGCGUUAUCCUCUUCCCAUUCUGUCCUCGGCCCCGUCGAUGGUCCCUCUAUCGAAAGGGUAGCUAGCAAGUAAAGUUUCAGGUGCCAGGAAGAGACAAGAUGAACGGGGCAAGUGAAUUACGUAACUCCAGUCCCCUUGUUAACGUAAAUUAUGACAAAAUCCAGCGGUAGGUGGUGGGAGUUGCCUGGAAUUUUUUAAAAAAAAAUUUCCAA